UCUUGAGUUAUGAUACAAAAUUAUUUCAUUUUCUGUGAUUCCAGCAUUUUCCUAUCUUCACCAAUCGUCUGCUUAUAACUACUAAGAUCAAAGAGACAGAGAGAGAGAUCUCAAAAGAAGAACAAGAAGAAGCAGGCAAAUAAUAAUAACAAGUGUUGGGAGAGACUAGGUGUGGCAAUGGCGGAGUAUAAUAAUGAACAAAACCCAGGUCAAGCUGGAUCCGCUCGCUACGUUGACUGCCUUCUCAAGCCUGAACUGCACCUUAAGAGUCAGACUCAAACUCAGAGACCUCCUUCUAUUACUAACCCACCUCAACACCAACCCUCCGAUUUCACAGACUCUACAGACGAAAGAGAUCACAUGUCUGACUACGAUGCAGCCGCUACAAAUUUCAAACGCCGUCCAAGUGGCCGUCCAUGUGGAUCUAAAAACAAACCGAAGCUACCCAUAAUCGUAACACGGGAGAGUGCGAACGAGCUUCGAUCACAUGUGGUCGAGGUGUCGAACGGAGCGGACAUUGUCGAGAGCUUGUCGAAUUACGCGAGGAAAAAACAGAGAGGGGUUUGUGUGUUGAGUGGAUCUGGGUUAGUGGUGAAUGUUACGCUGAAACAACCUUCGGAGAAUAGUCCGGUGACAAUACAUGGUCGGUUCGAGAUUCUUUCCGUGACGGGAUUCUUGUUACCACCUCCUGCCCCGCCUGGUCUCGGAGGGUUGUCGAUAUGUUUGGCUGGUGGACAAGGACAAGUGGUUGGGGGAAGUGUGGCUGGUCCUUUGGUUGCUUCGGGUCCGGUGGCUUUAAUGGUUGCUUCGUUUGCAAACGCUGCGUAUGAAAGAUUACCUUUGGAUAAUCUAGAAGAAGGUGGUGCUGUGCAAGUCCAACCCACUGUGUCACAGUUUUCAGGAGUCACUGGAGGAGCUGGAUUGAAAGAGUUGGUUGAAGAUAAAAGUGAAAAACAAAUAACGCCAGAGCCUCAUGUUACGGUGUUCGAUGUAAAAGCAGUUGAGAUAACUGAUUCAAGUGAACAAAAGAAAUUUGAAAUUGAAGAAAUUGGGAACGAAGUUUCACAAACAAGACAGCCAGGGGGUAUACUGGUUGACGAAAUGCAAGCAUCAAGUACUCUGAAACCUCAAGGAGUAAUGUUUGAUGUUGAAGCAGUUAAUAUGGUUAAAUUUAGUGGACAGAUGGAUUCCAAGAUUGAAGAAAUUGGGAACGAAGCUUCACUAACAAGACAACUAGGGUGUAUACAGGUUGAGGAAAUGCAACCGCAAGCAAUAAGUACUCAAGGAGUGGAGUUUGAUGUUGGAGCAGUUAAAAUUCUUAAAUCUAGUGGGCAAAUGGAAUCUCAAAUUGAAGGAGUUGAGAUGGAACCGGAAGCACGUGAGCAACAUGGAUUAUUUCUUAGGCAGGGUGGUUUAGGAUUAACUAUGUCGCCUAAGGAUGAGGAUUGGAAUAACUCCAAAGAGAUUUACUUUAUGGACAAUGAGUUGUCCGUUUUACCUGAGAACCCAAGGUGCCCCAAUCUGUCAGCUUUGUUCCUUCCAAGAAACUACAAAUUGAGAACGAUUCCUCCCUCAUUUUUCGAUUACAUGCCAGCCCUUCAAAUCCUGAACUUAUCCAGAACUGGUAUCAAGUCAUUGCCUGAUUCCGUUGUCAGAUUGGUAAGCCUCAAAAGACUCUUUCUAAAUGAUUGUCAUCGUCUCAUGAUGUUGUCGCCAAAAGUUGGAGAUCUCGAGCAGCUUGAGGUUCUUGAUCUUGGAGGGGCAAAGAUUAUGGAUUUACCUGAGGAGAUUAAGAAGUUAACUAAUCUGACGUGUUUGGAAGUUUCAUUUUAUGGAUGUACGAGUGAUGGUAGGAGAGACAUGGAAUCAAAUGCAGUGGUUCCUUGUGGGGUAAUUUGUUCAUUGUCUCAGUUAGAGGAGUUGAAUCUUGAUGUGAAUCCAGAUGACAAGCGGUGGUAUGCAUGUGUGGAAGAUAUUGUUCAUGAAGUAUGUACCUUAAAGAGGUUGGAAACUCUUAAAUUCUAUUUUCCAAAGGUGGAUCUUUUAAGGCACUUUCAGUGGAAUAGCCCAUCAUUAUCACAUUUUGGAUUUACUGUUGGUCACCAUGUCCAACGCAUUAUGUCUCGAGUCCCUCCUGAUGUUGAGUUUGAGCUGGAACGAUGGGAGAGAUGCUUGAAAUACAUAAACGGUGUGGGUGUCCCUAGGGAUAUUAAGAAUGUUCUCCAACAUGUGACUGCAUUUUUCUUGGACAGGCAUGCGACUAUUAAGAAGCUAUCUGAUUUUGGGAUUAGAAAUAUGAAGCAACUAAAAUGCUGUGUCGUGGGGGAAUGUAAUGAGCUUCAAGUGAUUGUAGAUGCAGCAGAUGCUUAUGGAGAAGAUGAUAUCAGUGAAAUAGUAUCUAGUUCAUAUGAUGCUGAAAGAAAUAUUUUUGGAUCACUUGAAUACCUGUAUAUAUAUUAUAUGAAGAGUUUAAGGAGCAUAUGGGAGGGUUUAGUGCAGCAGAAUUCUUUAUUUCUUCUUAAGUUCUUGACAUUGCGCACAUGUCCCCAGUUGACCACUAUUUUCACACAAGGGUUGCUUGGUAACCUAUGCAACUUAGAAGAGCUCAAAGUUGAAGACUGCCCCUCCAUCAAAAGCGUAGUAAGCUGUGAAAUCCCUGCUGGGGAUAGAACCUCUUUUUUUCUCCCAAAUUUGAAAAGAAUUUCACUUCAUUACAUGCCUGCAUUAGUUAGCAUCUCUAGUGGUUUACACAUUGCUCCAAAGUUAGAAUGGUUGAGUUUUUAUAAUUGCCCAGAUCUUAAGAAUCCAUUGAUUGAUGAAAUCUCUAGUCAAGAUUUGAAGAAGAUAAAGGGUGAGAGGAGUUGGUGGGAAGCAUUGGAGUGGAGCGACGGUCGUCCUGGCUAUUUGGAUGAAAUAUUUGUUCAGAUUGACAUAUAGGAUUGCUGAGCACUCGAAAAAUUCCCUAAUCAAAAUUAGUCUGGUCAUUCCCUUAUGCAAGCUCAUUGGUUCUAUGUCAAUGAUGUAUUGGAGCUGGGGCAUCCAUGGACCACUUUCUAUUUGCUCUGCUCGUAAUCCAAUAGCAGCUAUCAGCUAUGUACGUAUCUUUCAUUGAAUAUAGUCGCUCUUGCCUGAUGUAUCUUUCUUCUGAUAUUUGUGAAAAAAUAUGUAGUGUGGAUGUAUCUUUCUCCAACCAGUUUAGUCAGCCAUCUCAUGGUUAACUAAUU